AUCUUUCUCAGUGUUAAAAAUAAGAAUGACAUCAUCCCCUUAUGGCAGUAUAUAAAGUGAGCUCAAUAUAAAACUGAGGAAUGAAUCAGCUGUUCAUUUUGCGCCAGAGUUUACCCCAUCCCCGCUUUCGUAGUAGACAAACAAGUUAGUGUGAUAGGAGAGAUCGCUGUGAUUACUGGCGGAUAGUAGAGAAUAGGGUGUGACCUAGAAACCUCGUGGACGCAUGUUCAUAUUAGUGACUCGACAGGCAAUAUGUGUAUGUUGUUUUUGAAGAAUAUUUACACAGAUUUCAUUCCGUUUUCAUUAAUAAAAUACAAUAUAUUUGACCAUAUACCUUCGUGAAUGUUAGGAAACAGGAAAGAAGCGUCGCUGGAGAAGAGAAAACGCAAAACGAUGCCGAAAGGAAAGAAGAAAGGUGGUAGGAAGAGCGUGGACUCUCGACAGUCCAGCGACAACGAUGUGGACACACCAGAGAACAUGAGUGUGGUCAGUGAGAACUGGUCGACAGAGAGUAUACCUGAGGAUGGAGCUAGUGCAGAUGCUGAAGUUGAUGAGGUCAGCACACAAGAAAAUUUUGAAGACAAGCUCAAAGAAUGCAUAGAGGGCACCACGGAGAAAAGUGCUGAGACCAGGAAGAAUUCUAUACAAGGAAUCAUGCAAGCGAUGAGGAAAAAGUACACUUUUGAUUUCUUUCAGGACAGGAAAAUGACGGUGACGGACAGUUUAAAGCGCUGUCUCAGUAAGGGCAAGGGUGAGGAGCAGGCACUGGCCGGGACUUGCGUUUCGUUGCUUUGUGUGACCCUGGGUGGGUCUGAAGACUGCGAGGCAGUUUACGAAGAGAUUAAACCCAUGCUACAAACUGUUUUACUGGACAAUUCUGCAGCACUUAAAGCCAGGGCUAGUUGUGCUACAACUCUUGGCUUAUGUACAUUUGUCUGUGUUGAUGAUGUCAUGCAAAUCCGAGCUGUGAUGAAUACUCUAGAAUCUGUGUUUAAAGCUUCCUAUUUCAAAGGCAAUGGUGUGGCCCCGACUCACUCCCCGGAGGUGGCCUCUCUCCACUGUAGUGCUCUCUCAGCCUGGACACUACUGCUCAGUAUAUCUCCCCCAUCUUAUGUAGAAGAGUUUAUUGAUAGUCAUUUAUCCAAGCUUCCCCAGCUGUUGAUCAGUAGUUUAGUAGAUCUUAGGAUAGCUGCUGGAGAGGCUCUGGCGUUAUUGUAUGAGCUGGCAAGACAGGAUGAUGAGGAGUUUGAGGGGGAUGACAUGGACUCCCUUUGUGCAAUGUUGAAGGGGCUGGCCACUGAUAGCCAGAAGUUUAGGGCAAAGAAAGACCGGAAACAACAGAGGUCAAGCUUCAGGGACAUCCUGAGGACAGUGGAGGAUGGGGACUUCCCUGAUGAGACUGUGAAGUUUGGUGUACAUGACGAGAGCCUGUACAUAGACAGCUGGGUGAAGAAAGUCCAGUACAACGCUCUCUGUCAGGUCAUGGCCACAGGGAUGAACACACAUUUACAGGAGAAUGUUUUAAUCCGAGAUAUCUUUGGCCUGGGAGCCCCCAUCCCUGUCAGUACCCUCCCCAAGACUAAGAUCCACAGAUACGAGAGGCAUUUAAUGAACACUGCUGUUGCCAAGGCACGUACCAAGGUCCGGGCAAAGACCAGGGAUAAAAGGACUGUAUCCGUCAGCUCAACAGGAUAGUAUAUGUCUGCCGCAGAGGAUAAUAUCCAUCAGUGCCACUAGAUAGUGUUCAUCUGAUUUCUGGAUGAUAUCCAUCAGCUCCUCUGGAUAGUAUCCCUCAGCUCCUCUGGAUAGUUUCCCUCAGCUCCUCUGGAUAGUAUCCAUCAGUGCCAAUGGAUACAUAAACAUGUUGCAGACAGUCACUGAAGUCAAAGUGGUCUGAAUUCCUUGAAUAACAUACCCGAUGUUCUCCAAAAUCACAUGGUGAUUUUUGUUGGAAAAAGAAGUGAAGAGAUCUUUCAUUAUAUCAUAAAAUAUUUGGCUCAAGCAUGGGGGUUGCCGUAUGGUUAAUUGAAAAUCCAUAAACUAUUGGUUUGGCACAAUAACACAGUUGAGCUUAAAAUGCUCAUCUCAAAAAAAAAAAAAAAAA